AUGUCCACCGACAACACCGUCACGGUGACGCUGUCGCAGCUCGCCAAGAUGAUCGACCACUCACUGCUGCACCCGACCAUGACCGACUCCGACAUCCUGACGGGCCUCAAGAUCGCCAGGGAACAGAAUGUCGCGACGGCCUGCGUAAAACCCUAUCUGAUCCCACUGGCCAAGCGGGAACUGGCUGGCAUCGACGUCCUGGUGUGCCCGGUCAUCGGCUUCCCGCACGGUAACAGCACCUCCGAGAUCAAAGUGCAGGAGGCUGCGGCUGCCGCUCAGGCCGGUGGUCAAGAGAUCGACAUGGUUGUCAACAUCGGCAAAGUCCUCGGCGGAGACUGGGAAUACGUCACUCGGGAAAUCGACGAGAUCAACCGGGCCGUUGUGCGCCACGGGGCCAUUCUCAAGGUGAUCUUCGAGAACGACUACCUGCAGCCCGAGCAUAUCGUCCGACUCUGUGAGAUCUGCACGAAACUUGAAGUCGCUUUUGUCAAGACGUCCACCGGCUACGGAUUUGUCAAGCAGUCGGAUGGGUCCUACAACUAUCUCGGGGCCACGGUGUCGGAUCUCAAGCUGAUGCGGAAGCACUCGGGGCCCAAGGUUCAGAUCAAAGCGGCGGGUGGUGUUAGAACACUUGACGAUAUGCUGCACGUCAUGAGUCUGGGAGUAACGCGGAUUGGAGCCACGGCGACGGUGGCCAUCUUGGAUGAGGCGAGGAAACGGGGGAUUGGCAAAGAGCCGGUGACGGUGACCUUUAAGCCCAUGCAGGAGAAAGCCGGAGGGUAUUAA